AUGGCUAAUCACAUUAGGAACUUGAAUAAAUGUAUACUGCGGUAUCCAUCGUACACCCUGCCUAGAAUUUCAGUACCUCUGCAAACCAGGGAAUACUCAAGACCAACAAGUUUUCCCGACUUUUUCCAAAACCCCAUAUUUCGCAAGGAAGAUCAAGCCAACCUUAUUGAGAGUUCCGAGCUGAGUAAGAUAGCAGCCCUACCCGUUAAACCACCAGCUGUGUAUGAAACCAGUUCUGUAUACCAUGAUCCAUUAGUGAACAAAGUUAUCAAUCAUGUGAUGGAGAAGGGAAAUAAGCAAUUAGCUCGCAAUCUGGUUGAGAAAGCAUUUGAAAAUAUAAAGAGGUCUCAGAUUGAACGUUACCACUUGGCUACAACACCUGAAGCUAAGGCUAAAAUAGAAUUAGACCCAAAGAAAAUUCUGCACCAAGCUAUUGCAAACUCAAAACCUCUUCUGCAGCUGCAGCCUAUCAAGAGAGGAGGUAUCACAUACCAGGUUCCAGGGCCCAUCACUGAAAAAAGGUCUUUGUUCCUGGCAAUCAAGUGGUUAUUAGAAGCUACUUAUGAAAAAGAAAGAACUGUGCAUUUCCCGAAACAGUUUGCAUGGGAGCUCCUUGAUGCUGCCAACAAUACUGGAAAAGUUGUCAAAAAGAAACAAGAUUUGCAUAGACAAUGUGAAGCAAACAGAGCUUAUGCACAUUACAGAUGGCAGUAA